AUGGCGGGGCUAUCUAACGGAGCAGCGGCGGCGACUGCCGACGGCGACCAGACACACACGGCAUCGCAGCGGUAUCUGUCGACGCGGGGUGAGGAUGAGAAUCUAUCGUUCGAAGAGGUAGUUCUGCAGGGACUUGGCUCGGAUGGCGGCCUUUUUAUCCCCCACGAAAUUCCUACGGCCAAAGACUGGCAGAGCUGGAGCGAGCUGUCCUUUCCAGAGCUGGCCUUCCGUGUUCUGUCUCUGUAUAUCUCGCCGUCCGAAAUACCAUCAGCCGACCUGCAGGACAUUAUCAACCGCAGCUACGCGACGUUCCGGGCUGAGGACGUGACUCCUCUGGUGCACCUCAAGGACAACCUUUACCUGCUCGAGCUGUUCCACGGACCGACGUUUGCCUUCAAAGAUGUGGCCCUCCAGUUUCUGGGCAACCUGUUCGAGUACUUCCUUGUUCGGAGGAAUGAGGGCAAGACAGGACGUGUGGUCGGUGCGACGUCUGGCGAUACGGGCAGUGCUGCGAUCUACGGUCUGCGCGGGAAGAAGGACGUUUCGGUGUUCAUUCUCCACCCGAAGGGCCGUGUCAGCCCGAUCCAGGAGGCGCAGAUGGCGACGGUGCUGGACAAGAACGUGCACAACUUGGCAGUGACAGGCACUUUUGACGAUUGCCAGGACAUUGUCAAGGCGCUGUUUGCGGAUGCAGAGACGAACAAGACGCUGCGGCUGGGCGCGAUCAACUCGAUCAACUUUGCACGGAUCUUAGCGCAAAUCACGUACUACUUCUACUCGUACUUCUCGCUGGCCAAGAAGCUGCCAGCGUUCAAGGUGGGCGACAAGCUGCGCUUCGCCGUGCCGACGGGCAACUUUGGCGACGUGUUGGCAGGCUACUUUGCGUACCGGAUGGGCCUGCCGAUCGACAAGCUCGUGAUCGCGACGAACGAGAACGACAUCCUCGACCGGUUCUGGAAGACGGGCCGAUACGAGAAGCAGCAGCAGCCACAGGAGGGCAGCGAGGCGGCAGCGGCAGCAGCAGCAGCGGAAGCGACGGCGGCCCCGGCCGAGGGCGUCCUCGUCAAGGAGACGCUGAGCCCGGCCAUGGACAUCCUGGUGUCGAGCAACUUUGAGCGGCUGCUCUGGUUCCUGGCUUACGAAUUUGCGGCCAGCGCGGGCAUGGACGACGCGUGGAACAAGAAGCAGGCGGGCCAGGAGGUGGUUGUGUGGCUGCGCGACCUCAAGACAAAGGCCGGCUUCGGGCCGGUGUACAAGGACGUGCUGGAGGCGGCGCGGCGGACGUUUGAGAGCGAGCGGGUCAGCGACGAGCAGACGCUGGACACGAUCCGGCGGACGUACGGCGCCACGGCCGACAACUACGUUCUGGACCCGCACACAGCCGUUGGCGUGACGGCAGCCGAGCGGUCGAUUGCCCGCGCAGGCACGGAUAUGCCGCACAUUGCGCUGUCGACGGCUCAUCCGGCCAAGUUUGCCGGUGCCGUGGUGACGGCGCUGCAGGGCGAGGCCGGCUUCGACUUUGACAACAACGUGCGGCCGGCCGAGUUCGUCGGGCUCGAGGAGAAGGAGCGUCGCGUGACCCAGGCCGAGAACGACUGGAGGGCCGUUGGCGCGCUGGUCCGCCGGCAGGUGGAGGAGGAGCUGGCUGCGGCCGAGCAGUGA